AUGUUCAUUCAUGAGCCCAAAUAAAAAAGAACUCCAAUUCAAAAUUUCAGAAAGGCCACUUUAAUUAAGGAUGAAGUUGAUAAUUAUAAAGUUUACCGGUUUGAUUAGUUCUCGAUGAAAAGUAAUUAUCAAUUAUAAGAAGAAUAUAUCAGUCUCCAUAAAAAUCAUGCUUCUGUUAUAAACUUUUAAAAGAAUGAUAUUCUAUAAGAUCUAAACUAAAGUUGUAUUUGUGAAGAAUGUGGUGGAAGAAUAGCAAAAUAAAGAAUAAUGAUGAUUGAUUAUUUAGACAGCAAAUAAAUGAUUGGCUCUUAGAAAUAAUCUUAUUCUCCUCCUUCUUUAAAUAGACAUUCAGUGAUGGAUUCUAGUAUUUUUGGUUCAUAAUAAAUAAGUAUAAUAUGAAAUAAAAUAAGGUGAAAGACAAAUGAUGUUUAGCUUCAAGAAUAGAAUAAGAAGAUCUAUAAAACCUGUUUUAUAAGUAAUAUAAGCUUAGAAUAUGAUGAAAAAAAUGGUUAAUAAUAAUAAUCAAGACAGGGCCAGAAGAAGUUUACAAUCAAUUGACAAACCUGACAAUUUAUUUGAUAAGGUCGAAAUAAAAAUAAAAUCUCAGAUGAGAAGAUCAAUUAAUAAUUCUCCUAUUAAUUUUAGAACAAGAACUGAUGCAUCUACAUAUCUUUACCCAUUAUUAACAAAACCUAAAUUGUUAUAAACACAAUAGAUUAUUCACAAACCAGAUUUUUAAAUAAUUAUAAAAAAAUAACCAUAAUUGUUGUUGAAAAGUGAAAAAUUAAACUAGAUUAAAACAUUAUAAUAACGUUUGUUAUUAACAUAUCUUAAAAAAUCAUCAUCUCAAUAAAAUUCAGUGAAAAUAAAUAAUUUUAAAUUGAAAUUCAAAAACUGA